UUCCCGGAAGUUCCGCGGGCUCCGGGCCUCCAAUGGGUUUCCCUGGAGACGGCGGCGGUUUGGCCGCGGACUCGGGGCCGUUGCUGUUCCUCAGUGGCCUGUCCGCCGUCUACCUGCGGACUCUGCACCGCUCGGUGCCCGGGGGGGACUCGGGGGAGCUGGUGACUGCUGCGUGUGAGCUGGGGGUGGCACAUCCUCCUGGGUACCCACUGUUCACUCUGCUGGCUAGGCUGGCAAUGACUAUUUUUCCACUGGGCUCUCCUGUUUUCAGAGUCAAUGUGUUGAAUGCGAUACUGGGGGCAGCCACAGCCUCGCUGCUCUUUGAGACAGCUGGCAGGUUGUCAGACUCGUACUCUGGAGGGAUUCUCGCUGCUGGUCUCUUUGCUUUUUCCCGCCUAGCAUGGCAGUGGUCUGUUGCAGCUGAGGUUUUCACCUUGAACAAUUUCUUUGUGAGCCUCCUCAUGGUCCUAACGGUUCGAUUCAGCACUGCACCAACAGCUGGGGAAAGGUCAAAGCUUUCUCUGUUGGGUGCAUUCUGCUGUGGCCUGAGUCUCUGUAACCAGCACACCAUUAUUCUCUAUGUGAUGUAUAUCGUGCCUUGGGUGUUGUUUAAACUACAUAGAGAGAAGGAGUUGUCUGUGAGAGCUGUGCUGAGGUUAGGCCAAUGUUUUGGAGCUGGUCUGCUGCCUUAUCUCUACCUGCCCAUCUCAUCCUACCUCAAUCGUGCACGCUGGAGCUGGGGAGACCAGACCACCUUGAGAGGCCUCAUCACUCACCUGCUACGGGAGGAGUAUGGCACAUUCAGUCUGGCCAAAUCGGAGUCGGGUUCAGGGCUGCUGCAGGUAUGGAGUUUUCAGAUGGCACAAAUAAAGACUGAACUGUCAACAAUCGGGGCAAUCCUGGCAGUGGCAGCCAUCCUGCUGCAGGGCUUUAAAAGCAACUCCCCGCAGCGUUCGGUGUUGUGGCUCUUCACUGUGAUGCUCUGCUCCUACUCCUUGUUCUUCUCCUGGAGAGCAAACCUAGAUCUCAGCAAACCCCUCUUUGUUGGAGUGGUUGAAAGGUUCUGGCUACAGAGUAAUUUGGUGGUUUGUGUUCUGGCAGGCUGUGGUCUAGUUUCCGUCUGCUCCAUAUUACGGAGAAUAAUGGGCAAUAAUGCACUGUUUCACUGGGCAGAGUGGCUCUCUGCCAUCACCCUUAUUACCUUCCAAAUCCAUCAGAACUAUAGGAUCUGUGACCAAAGUAAUAAUGAUGUUGUGGAGAGGUUUGCCAGAAAUCUGUUGGGCAGCAUGCCUACUAACGCAACAAUCCUGGUUCGAGGAGACCUCCCAGGAAACUCCCUGCGAUACCUGCAUUACUGUGAGGGACAAAGACCUGACCUCAGUCUAGUGGAUCAGGAGAUGAUGACAUAUGAUUGGUAUUUACCAAAACUGGCCAAGCACCUACCACAUGUCCACUUCCCAGGCCAUCACUGGAAUCCUGUCAGCCAAGAGGAUCCUGCUGGGACUGUGACAUUCAACCUGCAUCAUUUACUCAGCGCGAACAGAGAUAAGGAGAUCUUUGUGUGUAUAGGACUGCAUGAAGGAGACCCAAGCUGGAAGUACAGCUACUCCCUCUGGCCAUGGGGGGUGUGUGAGAAGCUGGUCCACUCUUCCAGGCAAUUCAACCCAGAAAGCUGGAUCCACCACACCAGGAACAUGUACAACUGGACGGAGGUGUACGGCAGGUUUGAUCAAGCUUCUUGGGAAGCUGUAGCAAAUGAAGAAAUGUGGCAAGCAAGGAUAAAGACUCCUUUCUUCUUAUUUGAGUUGGCGGAAAAUCCAGGUCAGGCGGAGCCAGUAAAGGUGCAGCUCUAUACAUUCGCCUACCAAUUAUAUCAGGAGCUGGUCACUGCAGAGAAACACCCAGUUAACUGGCACAAAAACUAUGCCAUAGUAUGUGAGAGGAUCCUGCGGCUCCCUGCACAUAAUGCUGCUGGUGUGGACCCAAAGUUUCUCCUGUCAGAAGCCAUCAAACAUUUCUCACUCUACGUUGCCAAAGCACCAGAUGACCCUCAGAAAAGCGCCAUCAUCCAGCUCAUCAGACACCUGAAAGGAGAGCAAGAGAGAGUGAGAACUCAGUAGAUGAGUGAAGUAUUCAGAUAUUGGAGCAAUGGGAUCGUGCUCAUAAGUGACGAACAAAUCACUCGAUCUAGCCAGACAGUUGAUCAGCUCCGCAGGGUCACUUGGCUAAUGAAUCCCGGCGGGUUAACAGUUGCACUGUAUGUAGCACAGUGGCAUCUGGACAUUUGGGGUAUGAAGUGGAUAACUGAUCUCUGGUUCACAGCUCAUUGGGUUUAUAAUGAUUUAAUGGUUUUAUAUCCUGGGAAGCAGGUGAGAAUUUUGCACAGGAAUUCAUGCAGUCCUGGCCCGUCCUAUCCUAUAAAGACCGAAGGUGGCAUAAUGUCCAUCUUUUAUACUUA